AUGAACGGAUGCCAUCCAAAUGCAUCUUGCACUAAUACCCAGGGCUCAUACAACUGCUCUUGCAAUCCUACGUAUAUUGGGGAUGGUUUUGAAUGUAAAGCCGAUCCUUGCUUACAUUAUAAAAACCUGAGUGAAGCCAAUAGAAAGAUAAGUUACGACACACCUUUCGGUUCAGAGUUGUGUGACUACCAACUCCCUGAGGGAUGGUAUCGUUUUGUGGGAGCCGCAGGAACAAAAAUGCCAACAACGCGUGUGCCAGCAUUCAGAUGUGGUACAAACUGGUCAGGCUGGUUGAUUAGUGCUCAUCCUACAGUGGAAGAUGGCGAAGUUCAAAGGACGGUCUGCUUUAGUGAUCGCUCUAUUGGUUGCAAAUACUCAAAUGAUAUUAUUGUAAAAAACUGCGGAUCCUGCUUCAUCUACAAACUUUUUCACCCACCUGGUUGUGAAUCACGCUACUGUGGUACAGACUGA